UUUCAGCCAUUUGAUGGCACUCAAUAUAGUACUGAUAUAAUCUAUAUGGCUAUUUCUAAUCUACCAAGAGAACUUCGAUUUAAAGCAGAAAACAUAAUGAUUCUUAGUAUUUUACCAGGUCCAAAAAAAAAUCCAUCUGGAAAGAUAAUCUGGACAGCAUUAAUUUUAUGUUUAUGUGAUAUACCUGCAGCUCAGAAACUUUGUGGCUAUAUCUCAGCAUUA